GGGGCGGCGGCGGCGGAACCCGGAAGCGGCGGCGGGGCCUGGUCGGUCCCGGCGGGUUCCGGGCGGUCCCGGCCGGUGCCGAUCCCCACAGCCGCGCCCGGCGGCGCACCCCCAGCCCGCCGGCGCCCGGCAGCGGCUUUCCCGCGGUCCGUAUCCCGGCGGAUUUCGUUCCCAGCGGGCCCUGGGCAUGGCGGGCCGCGGGAAGCUGAUCGCGGUGAUGGGCGAUGAGGACACGGUGACCGGGUUUCUGCUGGGCGGCAUCGGGGAGCUGGACAAGCAUCGGCGGCCCAACUUCCUGGUGGUGGAGAAGGAAACCAGCCUGGCGGAGAUCGAGGAGACGUUCCGGGGUUUCCUGGCGCGGGAGGACGUGGGCAUGAUCCUGAUCUCGCAGGCGCUGGCGGAGCAGAUCCGGCCGGCGGUCGCGGCCCACGCCCGGGCGCUGCCCGCGGUGCUCGAGAUCCCCUCCAAGGACCACCCCUACGACCCGGCCCGGGACUCGGUGCUGCGCCGCGCCCGCGGGCUCUUCGCGCCUGACGAGCUGCGAUAAAGCCCCCUGGACCCCCGGCCCUCCCCGCACUCCCCCAGAUCCCACGCUAAGUUCCCCCAGACAGUUCCCCGGUGCCCCCCGUGUGUGCAAGCCCCCGCGGCAUGCCCGAACUGUCCCCUGCGCCCGUGGCCUCUCCGCACCCAGCCAUGGGUGACGGGCACCCCAGACAAUCCCCGCUAUCUUCCCAGCGCCCCCAAACAGUCCUCCACCACUCCCCCGACUUCUUCACACUCGAUGACUGUGGUAGCCCUCCCUGGUACCCCAAAACAGCCCCUGGCACCCACGGGGUCACAAGCCAGGCCUGGGGGUCUCCACCCCAGGGAAACCUACCCAGGGGCCAUUGUGCCCCAUGCCUGGGGGUCCCCACCCCAAGAAGUCCUCAGCCCAUCCCAGGGUGCUGCUGGGGGGGUCCCUGGGGUUCCCAGGGUGUUCUUCGGGGGCUAUGGUUGCCCCGUGGCACUGAGGAUGACACAGGGAACCUGGUGUGUCACUGAAGGUGCCUGGGGUGCCACAGGGGCCCUGAGGGUGACCCGUGACCAUGUCUCAGUCGUGUCCCGUGAUGGGGAAGUGCCACCACCGUAUCCUGCUGAAUCCUGCCGGGUCCUGCCUGUAGGCAGGGAGGGACACCAGGGUCAGAGAAAGGAACACCUCAAGGACACUGGGAGUUGUCACUGUUGUGGUGACCUUGUCACCAUUCCCCCAGCUCCUCUCCAGCCUCCUCAGCCCCAGCAGAACCUGGGGGGAAGGUUAUUUAUUGUUCUCUCCAGUGCCCAAGUGUCAUUUUGUCCUCAUGUGUCUCCCUGACCGUGUCCCCAACAUGUGCUGACACCA